AUGGACUCUGGGGCACAGCACGCCUCCAAGCGCAAGGGAAAGCCUCUCAGGAGAAUGAUCAAUAUGAUUCUCAACCCAGCGACAGCCAACCUGACGACUGCCCCCCUACUUCUGCCAAAACGCACAAAAAUGACAGACGUGGCACCGUGGCUCACGAGAGAGCGCUCCGCCGGUCUUGAUAGCGAAGAUCGUACCGAAAUAAAAGUUCCCCAACAGAGUCUAUCAUUCCCAAGCCCCCGUUCUGCACUUUACUCUGCAGAUUCAGGGCCUUAUGUGUCACUGUUGAUUGGCAGGCAGGAUCCAAAUUCCCGCUACUUGACACCUCAGCUGUUCCGCGUACCAGCGUUAGCACUCCGGUAUGCGACAAAACUCUCUACAUAUUAUGUGGAAGCACAAGCCGUUGUUGCUCCCCCUAGAAUCAUAUCAUUACCCGAGCUGGAGCCCACUGCGUUUGCGCUGUACUACGAAUACAUCUCCAGCGGCACGAUCGUGUUUCCAACCGUUAAAAAUACAAUCGGAGGACAAAACUUAAACACUUGUCCAUGGGUGCCCUGCUGGCCGCUCAUAAAUGCACACAUCCUUGCGACAGCUGUGGGAGACGCUAGAUUUGGCAAGUUUGUCCUGGGUUUGCUGCGAGACAAACUUGAGCUCAGACAAGCCCCAGAUCCAGAUACGAUCAUGCAUAUAUUCACGGCGAAAGACGUGGGUAAAGACCUGAAAGACUUUGUUGUUAACCAGGCUGUGGCUCACGGAUUGCGGAAGUUUGAACCCGAGCAACUCGAACUUUAUCCAGCCACGUUCCUACACGCAGCUCUGGACAGAAUAUCAGAGCUAUUCCUGAAUUUGAGACGUGAGGCCAAGAAUAAAACUCAUAGUUACGGAUCCGUCGGCCUUUUCUCUCACAGAGACUACGAGUUCGAGGAAAUGCUGAGAUCGAUAGGAGAGUGGGUUGCGUUUGCAUUGAUGGCGCGAAAGGCACAAACUGCAAGCAAUGAGUUAAAGGCAAACGGGAUUGCGGUAAUUGAUUGGGCGAACCCUUGUGAAGCAGAGUUUCAUGGGACUUUGCCCGGGACCCAUAGUGGGAGAACAGUAUUCUUGGGCGAUAGCUCUGUUGACGAUGGGACGUCGAAGAAGGCCGAAGCUAAUAUUGCAGAUGCCACUGCCAUGCCAGUUUCUUCAGCUUCUUCAAAAGUGUACCUUAUAUCCGAUUUAAGGCCACAAGGAGCUGCGGCCACCGAAAGCGCUACCAAUACUGUGCUACCCACGCGGAAAGCUCGCCAAUCAAAGUAUGGUGUCAGCCCUCCCAUCGUAGAAAAGAUACAUCGCGACAGUGAACCAGGCAAAGGACCGAAACACCACCGUAGGAAAUCCUUCCAGAGCAGAGGGAUUGCAAAUAGAAAGCAGUGUUCGCCCAUACUAGAACACAGCGAAGAAGACGCUUUCGCCAAUGAUACCGAGAGCCCGCAAGAGAAAAUCAACUCUGAUACGGAAUCGAGGAAUGGUAUUGCCAGGCAAAGCGAAGAGAUGGAGACAGCGAAGGACUUGGGUAGACUUGUCCCAGGAGCAUACCCAGGGUCAGUGGCCGGUUCAGUGAGAUUGACAGAGGUUGAUGAGUUUGCUUGGUUGGCGACUUUGAUUCGAUGA